AUGGGCUCUCACUCAGCUCCUACCAAGAACCGAGCCCUAUGGCUUUCCUCAUUUGACAAGCCUUUGGAACUUGUUGAACUCCCUGUUCCCGAGGCCACAGCAGGCUCAGUGGUUGUCAAAGUUCUCAACACUGUGGUGUUCCCUUACGCAGAAGACAUUCACACGGGUAAACUACCGGUCUUCAACCUUUCUCUUCCUCUCGUGCCGCACCCAAGCCAAAUCGGCCGCGUGCACAGCGUUGGAUCCGAUGCCAUACUCGCCAAGCCCGGCGAUCUGGUCUUCUUCUCGGCAGCCAUCUAUGCGCGAGACGAUCCUAGCGUCAACAUUAUCCAGGGCCACCAUGGCGGAGAGGGCACUAGGGGCCACAAGCUCAUGAAUGGAGAGUGGCGUGAUGGUGCCCUCCAGGAGUACCAGAGGGUUCCCCUUGAGAAUAUCUUUGUACUGGACGAAGAUCGGCUUUGCAGACAGCUAGGCUAUACGCCCGCGGACCUCCACGAGAUUUCUUUCUACACCAUUGGUGCUGGAGCAGUACUUGAGAGUGCCAAGUUGGUACCUGGAGAGACAAUUGUUCUCGGGCCGGCCACUGGCACCUAUGGGGGUAUUGCAUCUGACAUAGCACUAGCUCUAGGUGCCAACGUCAUUGCUAUCGGUCGUAGCGAAGAAAAGCUCGCCCAGCUGCAGAAGAAGCUCGGAAACCACGAGCGAUUUAGUUACGUUGUCAUGACUGGCGAUGAUCAAGUCGAUGCGGCCGCGAUCCGUAAGGCAAGUCCCGAUGGGCGCGGUGUCGAAGUAUACAACGACUGGGCAUCGGGCAGCCUGACAGGCUCUCCGUUCUUCUCAGCUGCACUCCAGGCUGUGCUACCAGAAGGUAGGGUUGUUCUCAGUGGUGCACCUUCUGGUUCCAUCACCAUCCCGUACACGCUUGUCAUGCACCAGAACAUCAAGAUCCUGGGCAAAGUCAUGGUCACACGCGCAGGAAUCGAGUCGACUAUCAAGAUGGUGAACUCUGGGGUUCUCAAGCUCGGUAAGCGUGGAGGCUCGAGCCACAAGGUGUACAAAUUAGAGGAGCACCACGAAGCUUUCGAAGAUGCGAAGCAUAACAGCGGCUUCAGGGUCUACACGGAUAUUGCACCUAAUGCAUGGUAG